UCUCUUUCUUGCCAGCACUUUCGGUUUGCUGUUAAGCUACGGUGUUGUCAAAAGUAGAUUGUCCAUCGCGCAAUAAUGUCGUCGCUAUAAGCCGUACUGUGAAUUAUCUUUGUAUAUAGUGACAUUUUGAGUUUUUUUUCAUUGUUGUUGUUUUUCCACAUUUAAAAUUGCCCGAUUUAAAGAGGACAAAACGAUAAAAAAAGGAAAUAACUUGAUCAGCAAAAUUCUAAAAUAAAUGUUGUUUAUACGGAAUUCGUCGAAAAAACAGUGUGUAGUGUUGUUGACGAGAACAAAGUAGUGCAAUUUUGUCAACGAAAAAGCGCAGCUUUCGUUUGCCAUUCAAUUGAAUAUUGCAUAGACACUCAACCAAAAAAAACCAAAGCAAACAACAGCGUUCCAUGAAAUGCGAUGGGGACAUGAAUAAAACAGCAUCUAUUGCAAUGACAAUCGAAUUGAUGAAAUGUCCAUUUUAAUGAUAGAGUUUAUCAUGGAUAUUGGAGAUUGCGCCCAGUUUUGUUGUUGACGAUGAAAAUUCCCAAGUGAAGUGUGAACACACACACACACGCAUUCGACCGAAUUAUUUUGACGUGAUUCGUAGUCGCCCUCAUCAGUCGUUGUCAUCAUACGCUGCCAUCGUUAUGGUUAUUGUGAUUCUGAUUUCGAAUGAUAUCUACACAUAUUUUGCAUGAAUAAAUGAAAAACACUGCGUUUCUGCGUCAAAUAAAAGUGUAUGAAAUGAGGAAUUUUUAUUUAAUUUUCUCGUUUGAAUUAAACGCCGAUUAAAGACCUAACAAAACACUCACACACAUAAAUACACACACAAAGUACAGUAUUCUAUACAGUCACUCAGAAGAGGCGGAUAUUGUGUACGAUCGUAAACAGUUUGCGAAUAACCAAGUAAAAUUGAACACAUACGAGAGGGAGAGUGAAUCAGAGAGAAAAAAGGAAUAAAUAGCCGCUACAUCGUCAUGUUAUCGAAAUGAAAAUAGCAAAAUUAAACUAGCAACAAACUGUCCACACAGGAAAUCGAGUGCAAAAAAAAUAUAUAGGGGGCAACGUGUGUUCGUAAAGUACAUCAAACAAAAAAUUUAAUAUGAUUUCAUUCACAUGAAAUGUGAUUUCCUUGCGAGCGGCUGAGCGUAUUGUGAUGAGUUUAAAAUAAUCCACAAUGACCCAGUAAACAAAUGAACAACAAAGAAUUAAACAAUACAACGAUUCGGUGACACUGAAAUCAGUGCAAGUGCAAUUUAAAGUGUUAAAUGUGAUGCUGUUGUACGGGAAUAAAAACAAGUCGUUCAAACAUUCGAUUAACUGUCACAAUUGAACAAGUUUUGAUGCGAUUGCUCUAAUUCGGUGUUUGCAAUGAAAAUUCAAUGAAAUUCGAUUUUUAAACUUGUGUUCGCAUUGAAUCCGGUGUGUGUAUCUGUGUGCGUCGGAAACUGGGGAAAACAAACUGAGAAAAAAAAACAUUCAAUUAAUUGCAACCCAAGAAUCGCAACCAACAUAAACAACUGAAAAGAAAAAAAACUAAGUCAAAACCAACGUGGAAUCCAAAUCAUACGGGAAGUGUGCAUUAAGAUUUUGUUGGUAAUUUUUCUGUCGACGAUUACUGAUAGCACUUAUGUUGCAAUAACCGACUAUUUCUUCUUGCUUUCUCGUAUACAUUAUUUCUCUGUUCUCUCGUACAUUUAUUCGAAUGAAAUCACGGCCCGAUUGUGAAUGCAAAACGUGUUUCCGAUACGUGCGAGUUAAAUUGUAAGAAGAAAGAAAACAGAGAGAGAAAAAAACCUAUAAAACAACGAAACAACAAUUUUUGUGUGUACAUGAUAUUUUCUUUGGAUACGCACACACCAACUCCGUUGCUGAAACAUCGAAAUUGUGGGUUUAUUGUGCGAUUAAUCUAAGCGCACUGUAUGCGUUGUGCUGUUAUUUUUUUCAUGUAUAUAUUUGGUAUAUUCGAACUUAUCGGUGUAUCCAGCGAUCUAGCAGCGACCGCACGAACGAUUGGUGUGUACGUUUGUGCAAGUGCAUAAAUUGAUUGAAGCGAAGUCGGCGAGUUUACGCGUAAUUUGGGUCUCUGAAUACAAUUGACCGACUGAAAAAAAAUUUUUUAAUACAUCAACAAAACGGAAACAAUCAGCAACGCUUAUAAAGGCACAGAAACCCCGAGAGCGAGAGAGAUGAGCAGGUCAACUCGGAUGGCAAAUUAGGAAUUAAUCAACGCAUUCGCAAGUGUUUAUGUGUAGAAAAAAAAGUUUCAAUGGUGGUCGAUGAUUACUUGCGGAUGGGCAUGCACAAGUAGUGGCGAAUUUCAUGUUGAUUUCCUUCGUGGUCAACUUUUAAUUACAUCAACUGUUCGAUGCUUGUGCAGUAUCGUUUUUUUUUUCUCCUUUUGUUGUUUUUUUUCUGCUUGAGUUAAACUCUCCAGACAUAGUGUGAUAUCAGCGCUUCGAUUUUAUUAACGCACACGUGGUAGCUCAAGAAUCACAUCAUUAAAUCGAGUUCCCAUCACUAUUGCACCAUGGCUUGAAACAACAAUCCAACCGAAAGAAAGAAAAACACAACGAUAUGAUAUAGACAAAAGAAGAGUCGUUUUUUUUCUCUUCAAAAGGCACAAAAAAUAAUAUCACGAACAAUACAAAAGAGGCAAAGGAAUCAAGUUCAGCUCGAUACGCAUAGAGAGGAGCAAUAACAAAUAAACAUAAUUAAAUCGAAGAGAAAGAAGAGAGUGAGAGAGAGAGAGAGAGAGAGAGAGAGAGAGAGAGAGAGAGAGAGGAAAAGCAUACACAACAAAUCUCUUAUUAUGUUUGGUGUUUUGUAGAAAACUAAUACGCACACACAUAGAGUAGAUAGAUGAACUGACAGAAAGAGAGCGAGAAAGAGAAUCUGAACUCAAUUUGACGAGAACAACAUCUUUCUAUGCUGAGUGAGAUAUAACAUACUAACAUUGGAGAAAAGUGCGAAGCGAUAGAAUAAAAAACAAGAAGAAGAAGAAAAAGAACUCUGUAUGUAUAUAUACGCAUACACACUGAAAGGAAGAUAGAAGAAGAAAAGAAAGAAAAAAUCAUCGAGAAUCAGAUUUAGCAUUUAUUUGUAUCGUUUAUUUGUGCAUACGCAACAUAUACUGGCAUUGAUGCCUAAUUGUACGGCGGUAACAUAGAAAAAGAUACAGAAAAGCAACAAACACACAGAAAGAUUACCGUUUACCACGGACUUGGAAUACACUACACGAGAGCGGAAUAACAAAAAAAGAAACAACAACAAUAACACCACGGCGGAAGAUAUAUAUAUAUAUAUAUGAAGCAUUCUUAAUACAGUACCUACAUAUAAAUUAUUCCACACAUAUAGGCAAAGCGACAGGCAAGAGACAACAAACCAACCAGCCAACCAACCAGACAGCCAGAGAGCGAGAGAACGUGUGUAUAUUUCGAUGCCCAUGUACACGUAAUAAUAAAUGUAGAGAAGAAUCGACAGAAAAAUACAAACGAAAAGGAAAAAUUCUGAAAAAGGAACACAGAAGAAAAACGUGAAAAAGGCAAAAAUUUAUAUAUAUACAUAUAUCAAGCGAAGAGAAGAGAGAGAAAAAAAUAAACUACACACAUCUCCCGAAAAAUAAAAUACAGAAUACACCAAAACAACACAGAAAAGAGAAAGAAAGAGCACAUAACUUCUGAUAAAUUCAAAAUGGCGGCAAGUCGAACUCGUAUGCAACAAACAAAAAACAUAUCAUCAAUAUUUUCGAAACUGCACGGUGCACUGUCCGAUGCGUGUAGCCCACAAAAAAUGUCCACCGAUAAGAAAACACUGGACAAAACAUGGAAACUUAUGGACAAAGUGGUGCGACAGUGUCAGCAAUCGAAAAUGAAUUUGAAAAAUAGUCCGCCAUUCAUUCUCGAUAUAUUGCCCGACACAUAUCAACGGUUGCGGUUAAUCUAUUCAAAGUAUGAACACCAAAUGCACAUACUGCAUGCAAAUGAGCACUUUAAUGUGUUUAUCAACAAUUUGAUGCGUAAAUGUAAGCAAGCAAUCAAACUGUUCAAGGAGGGCAAGGAGAAAAUGUUCGACGAGAAUUCGCAUUAUCGUCGUAACUUAACGAAACUUAGUCUAGUGUUUUCACAUAUGUUAAGCGAAUUGAAAGCAAUCUUUCCGAAUGGGGUAUUUGCCGGCGACCAAUUUCGGAUUACCAAAGCGGAUGCAGCGGAUUUUUGGAAGGCCAAUUUCGGCAAUAGUACGUUGGUUCCAUGGAAAAUUUUCCGCCAAGAAUUAUCAAAGGUACAUCCAAUUUCAUCUGGUCUAGAAGCGAUGGCGUUGAAGACAACCAUCGAUUUGACAUGCAACGACUAUAUUUCAAAUUUUGAAUUCGACGUAUUCACACGUCUAUUUCAACCGUGGAGCACACUGCUACGGAAUUGGCAAAUUUUAGCUGUUACACAUCCGGGUUAUGUUGCGUUUUUAACAUAUGACGAGGUCAAGGCCAGACUACAAAAGUACAUACACAAAGCUGGCAGUUACGUAUUCAGAUUAUCGUGUACACGCUUAGGACAAUGGGCGAUAGGAUAUGUUACGGCUGAGGGUGAAAUUCUGCAAACAAUUCCACAAAAUAAGUCACUAUGUCAAGCGUUGCUUGAUGGCCAUAGAGAGGGAUUUUAUUUAUAUCCAGAUGGGCGACAGGCCAAUCCAGAUCUAUCGUUUGCUGUACAAAGUCCCAUGGAGGAUCAUAUAACUGUGACGCAAGAACAAUAUGAGCUCUAUUGCGAAAUGGGUAGCACAUUUCAGUUAUGCAAAAUCUGUGCGGAAAAUGACAAAGAUAUACGAAUUGAACCAUGUGGCCAUUUGCUGUGCACACCAUGCUUGACCGCUUGGCAGGUUGACUCUGAAGGACAGGGUUGCCCGUUCUGUCGAGCUGAAAUCAAAGGAACUGAACAAAUUAUAGUCGAUGCAUUUGAUCCGCGAAAGCAGCAUCAUAGGAAUUCAGCCAAUGGCCGACAACAAAACGUUGAUGAUGACGAUACUGAGGUAUAGUUAGCCAAAACAAACAAACAAACCAUCUUAGAACACACAUCAUCCCACACAAAAUGGCUUUACUGCAACCAAUUCCACUCACCAUUUAAAUCAAUCGAUUCGAGAAUGCAAAUAAAUAUACGUGAUAUACAUUCGCACUCAUCAGAAGCCGAACAUUUCGUUUCAUCACAGAGAUUUUCGGCAUCUGAUUCAAUGAACGAUUGACUCCACUCUCACGGAACGAACUUUCAAACAUGACACUAUAGACCAACGAAAACAACGCCUAUUGCAUAGAUAUGCAUGUAUUUGAUAGUAAUUUUACCAUUUUUUUUUUUUAAGAAAAUGCCUUGUUCAAAUAAAUUGGAUCACAGCUCAUUUCUAAUCCAAAUAAUGUUCAUCGCUCAUGCCCCCUCCAGAAAAAAAAACAUCCAUACUAGCUUAUCAUUCAAAAUCUCUCGUAUCUUUAUACGAAAUAAUUGGAAACAUUAAUUCUCACUCAUUCAAUUACGUCAAUGCACUAAAACUUUUCUAAAAACUGCGCCAAUUUCAUUUAUUCAUCACGAUAAUCGCCAUGCUCCUUGUAAUCCACUCGCUUUUCCACUUAUUUAAUUUAAUCAUCACAUAAUGCAUGAAUAAAUGGAACAAAUGAUGUAACAAUUGAACACACUAUGGGGCUAAACCAUUUGUGGAUGUACAUAAAUGAAUUUUCCAUAUCUCUUUGCUAUUUUCAUGUUUAUUCCAUAUUCUUCGGUUUAGUGUUCGGUGUAUCAUUUAAACUAAUUCGAUUCGUAUAGUUUCACUAUUUAAACUGAAAAAGUCUCAUCAAAACGCUCACUGUUCGUGUUUAUGGGUUUUCCGAUUUUAUGUUUGUGUGUGUUUUUUCUAUCGAUUUCUUUUAUAUAUGUACGGUGUACGCGCAUUUAACUUCAAUUGCUUCCUCUUUUUCUUUACCCAAUUCCCAAAGCUAACAUUCUCCCAAAGUCAUUUCGGUUGAGGAUACUCAGUUUUUGUUGCGAUUCAUUUGCUUCCAUGCAAAUUGGGUUUUCGUGUUCUUUUUUUUGUUCAAACUAACGAAUUAAAAUAGUGAUGCUUUCAAAUUUGCUUUCAUCAAUGUUCAAAAUCGAAAUUCGGUGUUGUAACUUGAACGAAUUUUAGACAAUUGAAUGGAGAAAGAUGAAGAAGAAGUGAGAGAAGAGCAAUGCAGAAAAAAGAACAUAUUUCUCGAAAUAUUUGUGAUUCCAAAUUAAUUUAGGAAAAUUGUAUUCAUAUAAACAAAAUGUAAUUCGAUUUUUUUUUUGUCAAUUUUCGAUUGGACGUAAUUUUUUAGAAAUCGUUUUUAGAUCCAAUUAGAUUUUAGAAUGAAAAGUGAAUAUUUUUUUGUGAACCAAAAUUUGCAUGCAUUUAUCCACGCACAAACUACACACACUCGAAAACGAUACAAAUUGUAUUGAUAUGCAUAAACGAAGAUAGGCGGAGAUUUGUGUGUAUCCAUUGAAUUGAUGUGUUAAAUGAAUCAAGUGCAUGAAUUUUUUUUUGUCAAUUUCACAAUGUACACUGUAUGGAAGCAUCGAUGAUUCCGGGCAUCUACCUGACUUCAGAAUGCAAUAUCCAAAACAAUACAAUUUGGUCGUAUUACACUACUUGCAUACAUUAGUGCUAUCCUUCCCCCGAAGAAUCAAGAAACUAAAUUCAUGCUGUAUUUGUGUGUGCUGAUAUUUGCAUAUAAACAGAGAGUGUCUUGUCGUUGCUGAAGAAGCCUGAGCUGAGCUGAAUUUGCUGACUCAGACGCCUGAAGCGUUAUUUACCCGCAUUCAAACUGUCAAAUUUUCAUUGCUAGCAAAGAUUUACAUUGUUUCUGAAGAACAAGUUUCAGGAUUGGACUGUCAGUUUUUUUCAUUUGGUGUGCACAACCUUCAAAUGACAGGUCAAAGCGUGACGGGGAAAAUGAAACAUAUUUUUUUUGCUAAGGUGGAUAUUUGCAAGCAAUGAAAAUUCUAUACCGCGAAUGCGUUUAAAUAACGCUUCAGGCGUCUGAGUCAGUGAAUUGAACUCAUUUCAGGCUUGUUCAGCAGUUAUAUAAUACUCUCUGUGAUAAAACUUAGUCGUGUUUUUUCCCUUUGAUAAGAACAUUUGUUUUAAUGCUUAUUAUUUGUCUUAGAAUUUUUAAGUGUUUCCCCCCCCCCCCCCCCUUAAGUUUAUAUACUUAAACACUAAAAAAAAUCAUAUAGGUGAUAUUUAUUAUUUUGUAGCAUAUUAUUCAUUUGCUUUAAGUUAUGUGGAAUGAAAUAAUUCACAAAAAUAGGCCUAAAUCGAUAAAAUUACAGAAUAUGAAUAAUGAACUUAUAUAUAUAUAUACACACA